ACGCGAAUCAAACCCCAGAAAGCAUCGCGUUUUAGCUCACAAAGCCUUUACACGCGAUUUCGUCUCUGUCUCCUCUCUAGGCGGCGAGUGUGAGAUCCUGCCGCCGCCGCCGCCGCCAGAUUUCGCCGACGCUUUUCUCCGAUUGUAGAUUGUUCGUUGUCGAUUGACUCGGAAGCCAUGGGCUCGCUUGUGCAGGGGUUUACCAAGUCACUGGCCAUGACUUUUCUGUCGGAAAUCGGCGACAAGACGUUCUUCGCUGCUGCUAUUUUGGCAAUGCGCUAUCCAAGAAGACUUGUGUUGGCCGGUUGCCUCACAGCACUGAUUGUCAUGACUAUUCUCUCCGCCGUCGUUGGAUGGGCUGCUCCAAAUCUGAUCUCUCGAAAAUGGACUCACCACAUAACUACAUUAUUGUUCUUUGGUUUCGGGCUGUGGUCUCUGUGGGACGGUUUUAAAGAAGGAGGAGAUUCUGAAGAAUUGGCUGAAGUUGAAGCAGAACUGGAUUCCGACUUGAAGAAAGGCGGAAACGCAAAAGAAAACGGCAAGGUUGAAGAUGAACAGAAAAAGAAGAGAAGGCCAUUUCUCACACAAUUCUUUUCUCCCAUUUUUUUGAAGGCAUUUUCGAUUAACUUCUUUGGUGAAUGGGGUGACAAGAGUCAGCUUGCCACUAUCGGUUUGGCUGCUGAUGAAAACCCAUUCGGUGUGGUCCUUGGUGGAGCUGUAGCACAACUACUGUGCACGACAGCGGCUGUCAUCGGUGGAAAGAGCUUAGCAUCUCAGAUAUCGGAGCGAAUUGUUGCUCUUUCCGGUGGGAUACUCUUCAUCGUCUUCGGCAUUCAAUCUUUUCUUUCUCCGGUUGAACCCUGAUGAUGACGCUGACUACCUUAUCCCCUAUGGUAUUCUUCUGAUUCCCCGGCAUACCGAAAGAAACGCGUGUUGAAUGUGUAUCAUCUUGCGCCUCUUACCAUUCAAACACUCCCCAGGAUAUGAUUUGAGAUGUUUACAGAAACGAUUAGAAGAUGAGAUAUUCAUCUCUAGGGCCGGUAUUGACUUGAACGCAACAAGCAUUUUCCACUAAUUCAGGACAGUUACCGCAUGUUCUUUAGCAGCAAGCACAAUAAAUAAUCUUUUUAUGGUUUGUGAAGAAAGUUAUAAGAUGGAGGCAAUGAGCAUUUGCUUCCAGGGUUAAACGUAACCAAAUAUUCAAAAAUAUAAUAUCGUAGGCAUCUAUCUGAUUUGUGAAUA